CAGAGGGAGCACAGUCUCCCAGUGUACCAGACAGACUGGCAUGGCGCUGGGCAUGUUUUGUGGCGUAGAGGAUCUCUUGGCCUCUGGGAGUCAGAUAGUGUGGACUUUGGCUGAACAGGUGUUGAGAAGAUGCUACAGUGAUGGGCUUGUGCCCUGUAGGAGAUUCAUGCAAACAUGGUGCCAUCUGGGAGAUGUUUAUGAGAUGACGGAGGGCCGGCUGUGCCAGGUGCUGUUGCUGGAUGACCGGCAGUUAGAACUGCUGGUUCAGCCAAAACUGUUGUCCCGAGACCUCUUGGAUUUGGUUUCAUCCCAUUUCAACCUAAAAGAGAAAGAAUAUUUUGGAAUCUCCUUUACUGAUGAGAGGGGUCAAACAAAGUGGCUACAGCUGGAACGCAGAGUGUUGGAUCAUGACUUUUCCAAAAAGACUGGACCUCUUGAUCUCAAAUUCCAAGUCAGGUUUUACAUCGAGAGCGUCGCAUAUUUGAAAGAUGCGAUCACUGUUGAACUGUUUUUCCGGAAUGCUAAGAUAGCUGUCUACAAUGGAAACCUUGAGGUGGAGAGUGAGACUGUUUUUAAGUUAGCAGCGUACACGGUGCAGGAGGCAAACGGAGACUACACAAGUGAUGAAAGUGCAAGAUUGGACAUAAAGAAGCUUCCGGCUUUUCCCACAACAGUUUUAAAGGAGCACCCAUCAUUAGCCUUUUGUGAAGAUAAAGUAAUCCAGAAUUACAAAAAACUUAAAGGGAUCAGUCGUGGACAGGCUAUUAUACGAUACCUCACCUUGGUUGAAUCCUUACCUGCGUAUGGAGUUCAUUACUACGAAGUGAAGGAUAAGCAAGGCUUACCGUGGUGGUUGGGUAUUAGCUACAAAGGCAUCGGCCAGUACGACCUGCAAGACAGACUCAAGCCACGCAAGCUCUUUCUGUGGAAACAGCUCGAGAACUUGUAUUUCCGUGAGAAGAAGUUUGCGGUAGAGGUCAACAACCCUCAGAGAAGGACAACAUCUAAACGCACAUUUGGUCAGUCUGGUCAGGUCAUCCACACUUGGUAUGCCAGUCACUCUUUGAUCAAAACCAUCUGGGCGAUGGCAAUAAGCCAACACCAGUUCUACCUGGACCGCAAGCAGAGUAAAGCUAAUAUAACCACAGCAAAAAGUUUGGGUGACAUUGCCAUGGAUCUCACGGAGACCGGAGGCCCAAGGAACAGUAAGCUGAUCAGCAUGGAAAGUAAAGACAAACUCAUCAUGGCCAGCACUGGAAGUUUGGUCUCUUCAAAUUCUGCAGACAAUGAGGUGAAUGAGGAACAGAAGAAAGAAAAGAUUGCAGAAUUGAACAACAAAAAGAAAAACCUGGAGGAGCUUCUAGCACUAAAGAUGGAUGAGCUAAAGAAAGUCUGCCUUCGAGAAGCGGAGUUGACCGGUGUGUUACCUAAAGAGUACCCGGUGAUGCCAGGAGAGAAGCCACCCAAUGUUCGAAGACGCAUGGGAACUGAAUUCAAAUUGGAUGACAUCUUCCCCUAUGAUGCUGACCCAACCUUAAGAAACUUAGAGGGGCGCUUUGCUCUCCAGAAGAAGAUUGUGGAGGCUGCACAAAAACUUGCCUAUGAAAAUGAGCUUUGUAAAACUGUAAAGAAAAAGCGGAGGAGAAACCUUCAGGAUGCUACGAAAAAGCUCCAACUGAUCGAAAACGAGAUUAAUGAUUACAGAGUGAAGGUUGGCAAAAAGCCCACACAAAGAGCUUCAGUCAUCAUUGCCGAUAAUGUGAGCCUUGACACCCUGAAUUUGGAUGAUGAUGAGCCAUUGCACAGACUACGUUCCCGUUCAGUGCAGUAUUCUCCACGUCCAAACUCUGCGAACUCCUUUCCUGCGGAAUACCAUUCGGAUCACACAGAUCCCAUUAAUGACGAUAUCCAGGAAUAUAGCAGAAUAAAUUAUCCUGAAGAAUCUUUGAUUUAUACACACGGAGAUACCCUAUCGACACACAGCAGCCCCUACCGUCAACUUUUGCAUCAACCUCAUGACUCCCGGAGCAUGCCUCCAACCCCGCAACUUCCCCGCAAUGCAUACAGCAGUAUCCAGCUCAGCACUCAUUUUCGGCAGCGAAGCGGCAGUCUGGAAUCUCAGUCGCAGUUCAUUACAGAAAGCGAACCGCCCGUCCCCGCCUUCACGAUCUCACCUCCCCGUCGUAGCAACAGCACCGAGAUCCUCGACGAUGGAUCUUCUUACACCAGUCAGUCCAGCGCAGAAUACACUGGGUCCGGCUACCAUUCCCGUGCUAAGAAUCGCCACAAACGAAGGCAAGGCAACAUUUACGCCAACACGGGAAGCAUGCCCAAUCUAGCCCAAAAUGACUCGAGGUAUUAUACCUCCCAGCCUCAGCAACAACCAACCACCACGGCCUAUUACGUUACCGGAUACCCACGAUACCUCGAACCGGAAAUGUACCCGAGUGCACCGUAUGUGUAUGAAACUGAGAUGGAGGGACAAUAUAACAUCAACGCUUCCUACCACAGACAUGACCCCUAUGGAAACUACGGUCAGGAUGAGAUGGACGGUAUGCCCCAGAACCUUUAUGCCACAUUAAGGCCAUCAAGGGUCCGUCCACCAUCUAGGAAUGAGAACUUGGCCAAAAGCAUGCAAAAGCUGGAAGUGGUGGAACACUUGAGGGGUUGGUACCAACGACAGCACAGACAACAAGGCUAUGAUACAUACAGACCUCCUUCUCAACAGAACCUUGGUUAUAGGACCAUGUCACCAAGUUACGUACGCAGCGACAGUUCAGCUUCCUACUCGUCAGUGAGUUCAGGAAACUGGCACGGUCGACCGGUCAUGGGAAUGCCUCAUGAGUAUGAAAUGCCUCUUGCACACCACCAGCCUUACGGCUACGGCACCGUCCAUCACAGUCACUCCCUACACAGCAGAUCGUACAUGGAUAUACACCAACACGAUUCGCACACGAGCAGUCCCGUCGACAGCAGUUUUGACUCCGAAGACCACCAGACAAUUUAUUGGCACGAAGACUCAAAACCAGGAACAAUAGUGUAGAGAGCGAGCGAAAAAAUUUCUCACACUCUCAUGUGCCUUCUCUCAAAGGUUGAAAUGCAUCAGCCGCUACAGGAAUGUGACCCGUCGAGAGCCUUAAAAAUAUACUCAUGGUCGAUCCUGCUGGGUGACUUCGAAAAGGACAAAGCAUUACCUUUUUGAACGGACUUGAAUGGAAAACGAUGCUUAAAAUGCGUAAAGACUGAAAUGUACCAGGACGCUGUGGGGUGAAACUUUUAAUUCGGUAUUGUACAGUGGGCCGAAUGGAGUGGCUGUUUUUAGCCAACAUGCACAUAGUAACCACAUAACUAAACAGCUUGUAAAACUGAAGGAUAUUGCAAACUUUUACGUUACGUCAGGCACAAACAAAUAAUAUGAAGGAUUGAGCCCGCACCGAUUUUUGUGUGCUACGCUUCACCAAAAUACUUUUCAGUGCUUUUUGUGUUUCAUAUGCCGAUGUUUUUUUUUUCCAAAAGUACUUGGAAUGUGACUGUGCAAGAAAAGCUUUUGUAUUCAGUAUUUUCUCACUCUCGAGUGCAUUUACAAUACAGGUGUCAUUUUAGGUGUGUCGUCUUCACACUUGCAUUGGGACACCUGUGCAUUGAUCAGUAACACUGUUUUUGAUUUGCAUGCAACUAGCGCUUAGACCGAUCACAAGCAGUAUUACUGUAUUUAGUUUUUUUUUUUUUGCACAUGCCAAGUACUUAUCAGUUAUGUCUGGGGUCAACGUGUUACUUUGCGUCAGCCAGCGUAAAGUGUUACAUUUCUAAUCCUGCUAAAAAGCGAAUCCACACAGAAAGGACUUCGAUUAAUGAACGAUAAGCUAUUUUAUAACACGGCUAAAGUUCCUGUAGAGGUGUAUGUGGAUGUUAUCAAAGGCAAUUGGUCUCGUACAUUCAUUAACAAACUGCCAGGUACAGGAACUGUGGACGUUUAAAAGUGCACUUUUGAACUCUGAUGGAUUUUGCUCGCGUCUAAAGAUCACAACCAUGUGCACAGCUUUUCUCUUUCCAGUAGAGAAUGUAAAUGUAUUUGUAAAUAAUGUACAAAAGUUGGUUACAUUUUUCACCUUUUAGAAAGAUUCGUUUUUAUCAUUUUGAAAAAAAAUUGUUUUAAAUACAUAAUAUAUAGUUUGGAUUUGUCAAGCUGGUUCUUAGAAAAAUUCUCGACGAAAUUGAAUUAGAAUAAAAAGAUACAAAAAUA